AGACGGAACCAGGCGGCGGCGGCGGCGGGAGAGGCGAAGCCAUGCGCCGCCCGAAGAGAACGCAGCCCCGAGCCUGGCAUCUUUCCCUGUUUCUCCAGCUUCCCAGCUGGGCGCAUUUGCAGUGAAUUAACUCCGGUGCAUUCAUUUGGAAGGAGAAAGUGAUCCCCAUUUCCCGCUUGGAUCUUCUGAGCAAUCUCAGGGGAGGAGGAAGGGAAUCCGCUGGGUCUCCCCUGAGAACCAUUGAGGAUGGCCCAGUCCAGGUCCAGCAGCGGCUCCCACUAUGCCCUGACGGCCAUUGGGCUGGGGAUGCUGGUCCUUGGAGUCAUCAUGGCCGUCUGGAACUUGGUCCCGGGCUUCGGCCUCAGCGCCAAGCCUCACCCGACCAGCGGUCACCACAACGAGACCGAGGUCAGCAAAGGGCUCCUGCACAGGAACAAGACCUUUUCGGUGGCCUACGUCCUGGUCGGCGCCGGCGUCCUGCUGCUCCUCUUCUCCAUCUGCUUGACCAUCCGGGACAGAAGGAAGCCAAGGCACCACCAAGACGACGUUGUCCGGACACGACCUCCGCCCUCGUCUGAGCAGCCUCCCCCAGAGGACAGCCAAGAAGACGACAACGACAGCCUGUCCCGCUACUACGUGCCCAGCUACGAGGAGGCAGUCAAUGGCCUCUACCCGCAGGAGCCCAGGCUGGAGGCCGAGCGUGGCACCCGCAUCAGCGUCUCCCUUCCUUCUUACGAGUCUCUCACGGGGCUGGAUGAAAGCCUCCCCACCAGGCCCAGCCAGGCCGCAGGGACAGCCAUGGGGGCAGAGCGCCCACCCGCCCGGCAGAGCUCCCGCCUCAGCAAGCGCCUGAAGCCCUUGAAAGUGCGCAGGAUCAAGUCUGAGAAGCUGCACCUGAAGAACCUCCAGCUGGGCGGCACCCCUCCUGCCCGGGUCACCAUCGAGCCGCUCACUCCCCCUCCGCAGUACGACGAGACGCCCCCCAAGCUGCCAGACCCCCGGGAGGGGGAGCCCUGAAGCCGCUCCGAGGGACCCCUUUGCAGGAAGCACCGGAAGCGCUUUUGGGCCAGGGUGGGGAUGCCUCAUGUCCAGCUGCCAGCUUUGGAGCCGAGCCAGAGGCCCCCCUCACAACACCCCGCUCCCCAGGGUUCAGCUGGACCUGCUAGCCCAACAGGACGGGUGGCGGGGUGUGUGUGUUUCAGCUCGGGAGGAGAAGAGGCAUGAGCCAGGCUCUCGCAGAUUGCUUCCGUGGUGUUCGUCCUCGUGAUCCUGGCCCAUCCGGGAUUUGAGAAAUACCCCGCCACCUUUUCCCCUCCAAGGAAACACCCCCCCCACCAGACUCCGCCCUUUUCUCCUGCUCUUUCCUUCCAACCUGCUGGAUGGAUAGUUUGGGAAGGUUGCCAAAUCCCCUCUGCAAACUCGGCUCAAGGCCAGGGCCUGAGGGGCAGGUUUGAUACCAUCUUAGCAAUAUGAACCUUGAGGUUAUAGUGUAUCUGUGCUUUUGUGUGUGUGUUUUUUCUAAAUGAUGUCAUUUUUAUAUCUGGUAAUGAGCACCUCUCCAAACUAGCUCUCCAGUCUGGCAUGAUUGCCAGGCUAAUUUUUAAUUUUUUUGUGGCAGUUUCCAGCAAUGGGGCUUCAAACCCGGCCUCCUUUUCCACCAAAUGUGGAUUUUCGGCAAAGCAAAGGAAAUUCGGGAAACUUGAAAUCAAACAUUGCAAGGGCCAAAGAGAAUAGCCCAGAUCCACCGGCACCUGCUGCAGGCUCCAGAAACAUCUUCAUUUGGGGAGGGGGGCUCUGGACCAUCUCCCCUGUUGUUCCUCUUGGGUUUUGUAGCUGUUGAACUGGAAAUGUGAAACUUCUUUUUCCAAGAGGGUGUACCUUUUUUUAAACUGGGAGGAGGGGAGGAGGGGGGGAAGGAA